GCAAAAGGCGGAUGAGUGGUUGACUCUUGAUCUUAAGUCCGUUUAUGAUGUGAAGAGUUCUACCGAGAUUGAGAAAUUUAGAAUCCGUGCAAAGGUCACUGCUAUUGAUACUGAUUGGGGAUGGUAUUACUUUGGUUGCGUUAAAUGUCAACAUCGGGUUUUCAAAGACUUGAAAAAGGAGUCUUCCACCAGACCACGACCAGUAGUUCCUAUUUGGUAUUGUGAUAACUGCAAGACAAAUAUCAAAGCGGUUUCACCAAAAUUCAAGCUACAUUUAAUCAUUGAAGAUGAUUCUGGUGAGGCUAAGAUAAUGCUCAUGGAUUCUGUUGCUAACGGGAUGGUCAACAAGACAGCCGCAUUCCUACUGAAUGGUUCUACUGAUGAGAUUCAAGACCCGGAACUUCUUCCUGAUUCCAUAAAAGAUUUGGUUGGGAACACUUUCGAUUUCUUGGUGGGUGUAGAGAAGGAGCACAUCAUGUAUGGAAAUGACACCUACAAGGCUCACAAAGUGAAAAAUGGUCAUAUCACGGGUCAUUCUGAUUCAGCCAACGAGAUCAUUACUGUUGAGGAUGAUCUCUCUCAGAUUCAUUCUGACAAUGAGGCCUCUGUUGUGAAGAGCAAUGGGAUGACACCAUCUCCUAAGCGCAGUAUUGAAGACAGCAAUAUCAGAAGUGAGCUCUCUUCCACUUCAAAGAAACAGUGCACCAAGCUCAUCAACCUAGAAGACGAAAGCAAUGGUGUUGAUGUGAAGACGUUGACCGAGUAG